AUGGUUGGUAAUAAUUCCAAGAAGAUACAAGAAAUCAAGCAAUGUUUGCAUGAAAAGUUUAGCAUCAAAGACCUAGGUGAACUGAAGUAUUUCCUUGGCAUCAAAGUGGCAAAAACCUCUCGUGGUCUUGUUUUGAGCCAACGAAAGUAUACUCUUGACAUCUUGGAAGAUAGUGGUAAGGGAGGAUGUCGGCCGUCUUUCUUUCCAAUUGAACAAAAUCUAAAGCUUACUAUGGACGACAAAGAAUCUAAGGUUGAUGCUAGUAACUAUCGGCGACUCAUUGGGCGAUUAUUAUACCUUCAGGCCACUCGUCCAGAUAUAGCCUACUCGGUUUGUGUCGGACCCUCGUCAGAACCACCUGGAUGCUGUGUUUAG